CUUUUCAGCGCGCUCCUGCUGCAAAAUUCAAAUCCAAACUCCACAUCUCUCUCUCUCUCUCACACACACACACAGACAAUAUUUCCCCUCCUUAAUUUGCAUAUAUCAGUUAGAGGGGAGAGAACCCUAUUAACACUUUUGACAUCCUUUUCAAAAUGCGCCAUUAAGACAGUAUAGUCAAUCUUGAAUCUUUUCACUCUUUUGUUCUUUUUAUUACAGCCCAUUCUUGUUUCGUUGUCAUUUUGAGUUCAAAUUUGUGGGUUUUGUCCGAAGGGUCAGAGCUCAGAAUCUUGAAAUUGAAUUAGCAGAUUUUUUUGAUUUCUUUUGUGCAUUUAUGGGAUUGUGAAAGUAGGCUAGUAACACAUUACAAUCAAGAAUCUUGAAUUUUUUCAUCCGUUCUCUUAAGCCCCCAGGGUUUUGUUUUUGCAGUCCCUUCUUGUUUCAUUGGUUAAAGCUGGGAUUCUGGGUUUAAAUUUUGUUGGUUUUCGUUUGAAGGCCAAAGCUUAGGAUCUUGAAAUUGAAUUGACAGUUCUUCCCUUUUUCCUUUAUCACUUCUUUUGUGCAUUUAUGGAUAGUGAAAGCAAGUUGCAGAAUCAAUCUUUAGGGAAGCCUAUAUCUAACUUAAAGGCUUCGGUAGGAGAGAAAAGGGGCAUUAGAAAAGCUGAAGAAACAUCUGAAUGUUCUCAUAAAAGAGCGAAAAUGCAUGAUCUUGAAUCUGUUUCGCGAUGUAAAGUUCAAGCAGGAGUAAGAAGAAGCAAUAGACUGCAUCUAGAUGUCAACUCUGAUUCUGGAGCACUUGAUCUUAAUGUUAAUGCUGAUCCUGUUAGCCUUAUGGUUGGUGUCGAUGCUCCAGCAUGUAUUAAGGAGUCUAAUGAACUUCUUGCCCCUGUGAAGGAAGAAAAGAACAGGGUGUUUGAUUUAGAUCUAAAUGCUGAAGACGUGUCUAGUUCAAUCAAUAAUGAUCCCUUCUAUCCCUAUAAGAACUGUGAGCAUUCGAAGUUGAGGGAUGAUUCUGAGUGUGGAAGUUCUUCAGGUCCGCUGGAAGAAAAAGAUUCAAUGAGAAUUUGGGAAGGGUUGAAGCAAAAUAACUAUCUGUCUAUUCCUUAUGGAGCUGUGUCUAUGGCAGUACCAAAAACACGCCGUAGAAAGAAAAAUAACAAUGAUGUAAUGAAGAAGAAGAUAGAACUUGCAAAAAAGGAACAGAUUGAUCGGUUUGCAAAGGCUGCUGCUCCAACUGGGUUACUCAGUGGGCUAAAUCCCGGAAUCAUUAACCAUGUGAGAAACAGGAAACAGGUUCACUCUAUAAUAGAAGCCCUAGUGAAGUCUGAAAGAACUGAGAAUCAACGUUCUGGAAGCAAGCAAGGUAACCAAAUCAAUGGUGGUGCUCACGAACUCAGUGGAUGGGGGUACGCAUUAGACAUGCAUAGUUCAGGGUUGAAUAGAUCUGCACCAAAUCAUGGAGAUGUCUUGCUGGAAAGAAGGCAGACAGGACAUGAUGGUUUAUUUGCCAAAUCAAAUUAUUUGAAAUCUGAGGCCACAAGAAGAAAUGAUCAUUCAUAUAUGAAAGAAACCAGGAUUUUUGAAAGAAUGUCUUCACAAUGCAACAUAGAAAAUAAAGAAAAUGAUGGGCUUGCCCUAAAGUUAUCAUCGUCUGUAACAGUUGCUUCAGAGGGUACUAGCUGUUUGUCAAAUGAGGAAUCAGGAAAUUUUACCAGUGUUACUUCACCGUCUGUUAAAGCUGCUAAUGUAGCUUCCCAAUGGUUGGAACUUCUGAAUCAAGAUAUCAGAGGACGUCUUGCUGCGCUAAGACGAAGUAAGAAAAGAGUUCGGGCUGUUGUAACUACAGAACUUCCCCUCUUAAUGUCCAGAGAAUUCUCGUCUAAAUUGGAGAACAAUUCAUAUACGACAGAGGCUUCAACCCUUUGCCACUUUGACAAAUCAUCUAUUGAUGCACAUGCUAUUAGAUGGAGCACUCUCUUUGAAGAGAUGGAGAAAGCACUUUCUGAAGAAGAGAGUCAUCUGGAAAGUUGGUUGAACCAAGUGAAGGAAAUGCAGUUGCACUGUCAAAGGGGUCUUUAUAGAAGUAGUUUCAAUGAUCCUUCACAAGACACAGGAUUACGAGAAGGCCAUAACUCGGAGAAGGAUUUAUCUGUUAGAGCUGCUGCUGCUUCAAUAUACUCAACUUGCAACUACUUGUCGAAAAUGGAAAACCUGCUCUUUUGCUAAUUAUCCUGACAGUGAUUUGAUCUUGACCGGAGAGAGAGAGAGAGAGAGAGAUUCCAUCCUGCUCAAGUUCUUCGAGUGUUAGCAUACAGUAAUUAGUUCCUUAGGUAGGGACUAGAGCAUGGCCAGGUG